UGAUUUUAUUUCUUCAACGUGGAGUAGCACAUGAAGUACAAGCUACACGGAAACUGACAAAUAAUUAUUCGUUGUAAGCAAUUUAUUGCGCGAGAAAUCGCAUCGUGUAUUCCACGCUGCGGGAAACUCAAUCACGAAGAGGAAUCGUUCAGGUAGCACAUCACAGCGACGUUUGAAUUUGCCGCGGAUUCCUCGACGGUCGGUAACGCGACCGCUGGCGCGGCAAGUAGCGCCUCUGGCGGCGGGUCGGCGUUGCGCGCGCUCAGGGCGCUCACUCCGCCGCGAAGCGACGUCAGACGAUCAGCUGUACGCUCGUCGCGGCUACGGCUUGUUCGCGCGCGCCACAACAGGCCCAUAUUGUCGCUUGUGAUCGCGCGCGAGUGCAUCGCAGCACAGUAGCGAGCACAGCGCUCCCGGUGCGAUCACGCGGCGGACAGACGACAGGCGGGAACGAAUCUCGGCCGUGUAUUUCGACGGGCAGCGGGGCAUGACGGGAACAGGUGACAAUAGAGCCGCGCCAUGUUAGAUUUCACGAGAUCGCGAAACGCGCGCCGCUGCCGCCGCCGCUGCUGCUGCUGCCGCCGCCGCCGCUGCUGUUGCUGCCGCCGCUGCUACUACUACCGCUAACUACUACCGUGGUGGCCAGUACCGUGUGGAAAGAGAAAGGGAAGGAGGAGAUUUACACUUUGUUUUCUCGGCUCUCGCGCGCGCAGCUUUCCUCCUCACGACGGUGAUCCAUCCGAAAAUCAUCCAAGCUGGAUAGGUUACCCGAGUAUCUCCGCGAUACCGUGGACUGGUUUAUGGGAAAAGCCAGACGAAAGGAGAAAGAUGCGGGAACCACGGAGGAUCCGAAACUGUACCUGGAGGAGGCGGCCCUCGAGAGGCAGCUGCCGGAGUUGGACCUGAGAAUGCUCGUGGAUCUACCGCCCGGCCUGGAUUACAACGAGUGGCUGGCGUCGCACACCCUCGCACUGUUCGAUCACAUUAAUCUCGUCUACGGCACGAUAUCCGAGUUCUGCACCAUGACGGGCUGCCCCGACAUGACCGGUCCCGGUUUAAGAACGUAUCUGUGGUUCGACGAGAAGGGGAAGAAGACGAGAGUGGCGGCACCACAAUAUAUAGACUACGUUAUGACAUUUACGCAACGCACUGUUAGCGAUGAAACUAUAUUCCCUACAAAAUACGCAAACGAGUUUCCAAGCUCGUUUGAGUCGAUAGUGCGUAAGAUCCUGCGGCUACUGUACCACGUGGUGGCACACAUUUACCACUGCCACUUCAGGGAGGUGGCGCUCUUGGGGUUGCACGCUCACCUCAAUUGUGUGUUCGCCCACCUCACGCUCCUCAAUCAACGCUUCAACCUUAUAGAUCCCAAGGAAACGGAAAUCCUGGGGGACUUAGAGGCCGCCCUCUUGGGUGACUCGACAUCCGCGCCUUCGCAGACCUUAGCCAUCCAGGAGACUCCGACCACAACCACCACUACUACUAUCACCACCACCACCACUACCACCACCACCACAACCACCACCUAGAUCGCGUUGCGUCGUAGCGAGCGAGAAAAGGUUGCAGUUCCUGAGACUAGGUGACGAUAGGCGAUUCGUUCGUUUGUUCGUUCGGUUAUCUUUCUCCUCUUUUCCUUUUUAUAGACACUACGCGAACAGAUAAGAAUACAGAUUGUGAUGCCGUGAGCGUGUUAAUUAGUAGCAGGAUCGCGAGAAUGGCCGAAAAGAGAGAGAAAGAACGGCGAUUCUGUAAAAAAUGAAAAAAAAAAACAAAGAAAACGAUACCAGUAGUACCUGUAUAUAGCGAAGUGUGAACAAUUACAUGAUGUAAUUAGGUUCCUCCGUUUGUUGUUUGUGAGAUUGUACAUAAUUUAUUAAAUAGUAAGAUAUAUACGAGAGAGAGAGGGAGAGAAUGUGCGAGAGAAAGAGAGAGAGAGAAAGUGCGACAAAAAGAACGAGUAUUGAUUAUUAUUGACAAAGAGUUAGUUGCUAUAAGAGAUAAUUUGUUCUGUAAAAAAUGAAACAAUAAUAAUAUUGUAAAGUUAAAAUAAUACCAAAUAUAUACCUGGUGUUAAGGCA